UUUUCUUUUUAUUUAUUCAUCAGUUAUACAGUACAUUCAUCCUUUUUUUUUUUUUGCGCCGGUCGCUUUUUCAUCUCUACACACUUCCUUUCAUUUUAAAUACAACAAAAUCAUCAUGCGUUUCUCUAUUGUCCUUGUUGCCAUUAUUGCCUGUUUCCUUGCUAUCCUGGUUGAUGCCAAAAGAAAUGGCCCUUCUCGAGCUGAAAAAACUUUGAUGGAAAAACGUAACAGUUAUUCUGGUAUUGGUACUUUCUUUAAUCCAUCUACUGAAGGUGGUUCUACUGGUGCUUGUGGUAGUUUUGAAUCUGAUUCUGCUAAUAUUGUGGCGUUGAACGCUAAACAAUAUGGUAGCAUGGAUAAAAAGAGUGGCUGGUGUGGUAAGAAGAUCAAGAUCUCCUAUAAUGGUAAAACUACUUAUGCUACUAUCAAUGAUGCUUGCCCUGAAUGUAGUUAUGGUGAUCUCGAUUUGACUCAUACUGUUUUCAAAUCUUUGGAAAAAGAUAUGAACAAAGGUGUUAUUGAUAUUACUUGGUCUUUGGCUUAAAAUCUUCUGUGAAG